AUGAAUCUACCGAAAUGUAUACCCCACUUGAUUAUAUCGUAUAAACAAAAAUGUAAAAAUGUUUGUCAUCUAAUGACCACUACUUCCCUAUUAUUAAUAUCACCUUCACCGUUAUCAACGAAGUCUGAUGAAAUAAACAAACCAAAUGGUUAUAAAAUACUAAUGAAAUCAUCAUCAGUUCGAUUACGAUUAGAUAAUUUACCAACACGUGUACAACAAUAUUUUAAUUUUACUCCUUCUGAUAAACCAUCCGAAUUUAUUACUGUAUUGUCAAGUGAUAUACAAAAAGUGAUUAGGAAAACCCAUUGUUCAGUCAACUUUAUUAGUGAUGAUUUACAACCUCCGUUACUUCAACUGAUUUCCAAAGAUGAUACAUCAAAUGUCAACAAAUCAUUACGUAAAUAUGGGAUUAAUUUGCAGGGGAAAACUCGAGUAAAAGUGAUUGAAUUUAGUUCUAAUAUAGACGAUAAUAUGUUUAGAGUCCGGGUGAAACAGGCAGAAGAUUUUUUACAAGCAGAUCAUUUUGUAGUUAUAAUUAUUAAAUUGAAACAUCUUAAAAAAUUAUUGUCGAAAAAAAAUAUUCAGUCUACGACUACGAAAGCGGGUGGCGGUGAACAGCAGUUGCGAAAUUUGGGGAAGGUGGAAUAUGAGAAAAAUGUUACAAAGUACGCUAGAAUAUUUGAAGGUAUACCUUAUUGUAAAGUACACAAUAUUGAUCGACCGAAUGUGUUAAAUAUUAGUGUUUCUCACAGUGGUAUAGGUUUAUUUCUCUUUCAAACAAAACUGAUCUGCUUAUGUUUCACCACUUUUUCCAGAUCUGAUAUUGGUAGACAUUCCUAUAUUUGUAAAUUAUUGUUUGGUAAAUCACAAGAUCCAUCACAAUUCAUUUUUGGAUUAUUUUCUGAAAUAACAUGA